GAGUUGGUACACUACUGCUUGCUGUUCACAGUCAUGGCCCCUGCGAAAACACUUACACGGGAACAAGUGGCCUCUGCGCAGGUGCAGGGCGAGUUUUCAAUUAAGUCCGAGGACAGCCAACCGAAGCUUGACACUUCACAAUGGCCGCUUCUCCUCAAGAACUACGACAAGCUCCUCGUUAGGUCCAGCCACUUCACGCCUAUCCCUUCAGGAUGCAGCCCUUUGAAGCGAGAUAUUACUUCCUAUGUCAAGUCUGGGGUCAUCAACCUAGACAAGCCUUCUAACCCCUCCUCUCACGAAGUUGUAGCAUGGCUGCGGCGUAUUCUGCGUGUGGAGAAAACUGGUCACAGCGGUACUCUUGAUCCCAAGGUCACUGGAUGUCUGAUUGUCUGCAUUGACCGCGCAACUAGGCUCGUCAAGUCUCAGCAGGGCGCAGGAAAGGAAUAUGUCGCUGUUCUUCGUCUCCAUUCUGCCCUCUCCGAAUCUUCCGCUCUCCCCCGCGCAAUCCAGACCUUGACUGGUGCUCUCUUCCAACGCCCACCACUCAUCUCCGCCGUCAAGCGUCAGCUCCGGAUUCGUACCAUCUACGAGUCCAAACUCCUUGAGUUUGAUGAGAAGCGCAAUCUAGCUAUCUUUUGGGUGUCAUGUGAGGCCGGCACGUAUAUCCGUACUCUCUGUGUGCACCUCGGUCUCCUCCUCGGUGUCGGAGGCCACAUGCAGGAGCUACGCCGUGUCCGGAGUGGUGCAUUGAGUGAGAACGAUGAAAUGGUCACGAUGCACGAUGUUCUGGAUGCUCAGUGGACAUACGACAAUACUCGUGAUGAGUCUUACCUCCGCCGUGCCAUCCGCCCACUGGAGUCGCUGCUUAUCGGCUACAAGCGCAUCGUAGUCAAGGACAGCGCGGUCAACGCCGUUUGCUAUGGCGCCAAGCUCAUGAUUCCUGGUCUGCUCCGCUACGAAGCGGACAUCGCUCUCAAUGAAGAGGUCGUCCUCAUGACCACCAAAGGCGAGGCUAUCGCCCUCGCCAUUGCACAGAUGUCAACCGUUGAGCUGGCGACCUGCGACCACGGCGUCGUGGCAAAAGUCAAGCGCUGCAUCAUGGAGCGUGACACCUACCCGCGGCGCUGGGGACUUGGUCCCAAGGCGAUGGAGAAGAAGAAGCUCGUCAAGGAGGGCAAGCUUGGCAAGCAUGGCGAGAAGAUCGAGGGCGUUACACCUGCGGAGUGGAGCAAAGACUACGUCGACUACAACCGCGACGAGCAGCCCGCGGCGGGCCCGUCGACAACCUCUGCCGCGGCACCUACCCCAACAUCAGCGGCGCCCGAAUCGCCAGACAAGGAAGAGAAGGAGAAGAAGCGGAAGCGGAUGGACAAUGGGGAGGACGAAGAUGCUGCGAAAGCAGAGAAGAAGCGACUGAAGAAAGAGAAGAAGGCGAAAGAGGCAGCGGAGGGCAAGACGGACGAUGACGAGGAGGUGCGGCAGGAGAAGAAGCGACUGAAGAAGGAAAGGAAGGCGCGCGAGUCAUUGGGCGGCGAGUCAUGAUGAGCACUUGGGCUUGUCUUCAAAAUUCUUUUUUCACCGGCCAGCUCGCAACCCUUGUUUAUUUUGCUCUUCCAUCUCGUAUCUUGCUUUCAUGUAAGCUUCAUUUGACGUCCACAAUGCAUGACAUGUUUUGUUCUCGG